CGCCGCGCUGCGGGGGAUCAUGGCAGCAGAAUGAGGAGGCUGGCGCCGGGUCGGGGCCGCCGCCGCGCUGCAGCUUGGGAUCCGCGCCCGGGGCGCUCACAGCCGCAUCCUUAGCGGGCCUCCUGGUGGCCGCUGGGUUAUUUCAUUCGAGCCAAGGGCUAGGGAGAAAGGAGAGCCCGCAGCCGGGCCGGACCGCUCUCCGGCGGGGUGUACGGACUGGUGUGGGAGACUCGGCGGCUGCAGAGACGACGCGGCAGAGAACUGAUCCCGGGCUGCUGAGGCGCGGACGCGGGGAUGAGCCGGCCAUGAGGCGGCCUCGGCGGGGCGCAGGGAGCCGGCCAGCGCUGCGGUGGGGGCGCCGCCUGAGCGGGGGCCCCGCGCGUCUUUGGGGCUUUGGACGCCCCGUGGGGGUUCCUGCUGCCGCCUUUGGGAAGGACGGGGGCCCCGCGUGGCAGGCAGCGCAGCAGUCCCGGUUCUGAGGCGCCCGGAGCCUGCUGCGCCUGCAGCUCGGUGCGCCCUCGCAGCCCGGGCGCCUUGCCCAGCGCACGGCGACGGAGCUGGCUGGAGGAGCCGGCGGCAGGACUGGCUCGAGGGGGUGUGCGCGCGUUUGACGGGCGAUCCGAGCAGAAGCAGCACCGGGCGGACCUAAGCAGCCAUGCUGCCCGGGGUGGGCGUGUUCGGCACCAGCCUCACGGCCCGUGUCAUCAUCCCGCUGCUGAAGGAAGAGGGCUUCUCGGUGAAGGCGCUGUGGGGUCGCACGCAGGAGGAAGCGGAGGAGCUGGCCAAGGAGAUGAGCGUCCCCUUCUACACCUGCCGCAUUGACGAGGUGCUCCUGCAUCAGGACGUGGAUCUGGUGUGCAUCAACCUGCCGCCGCCCCUCACUAGGCAGAUCGCUGUCAAAACCCUGGGCAUCGGCAAGAACGUCAUCUGCGACCGCACCGCCACGCCGCUGGACGCCUUCCGCAUGAUGUCGGCCGCGCACUACUACCCCAAGCUCAUGAGCAUCAUGGGCAACGUGCUGCGCUUCCUGCCGGCCUUCGUGCACAUGAAGCAGCUCAUCGAGGAGGGCUACGUGGGCGAGCUGCUGGUGUGCGAGGUGCAGGUGCACAGCGGCAGCCUGUUGGGCAAGAAGUACAACUGGAGCUGCGACGACCUGAUGGGCGGCGGCGGCCUGCACUCGGUGGGCACCUACAUCAUCGACCUGCUCACCUUCCUCACCGGCCAGAAGGCCAUCAAGGUCCACGGGCUGCUCAAGACCUUCGUGAAGCAGACCGACCACAUCAAGGGCAUCCGCCAGAUCACCAGCGACGACUUCUGCACCUUCCAGAUGGUGCUGGAGGGCGGCGUGUGCUGCGCCGUCACCCUCAACUUCAACGUGCCGGGCGAGUUCAAGCAGGACGUGACCGUGGUUGGCUCGGCCGGGCGCCUGCUGGCCGUGGGCACCGACCUCUACGGGCAGCGCAACAGCGCGCCUGGGCAGGAGCUGCUGCUGCAGGACGCCACGCCCGUCAGCAGCUCCCUGCUGCCCGAGAAGGCCUUCAGCGACAUCCCCUCGCCCUACCUGCGCGGCACCAUCAAGAUGAUGCAGGCCGUGCGCCAGGCCUUCCAGGACCAGGACGACCGGCGCACGUGGGACGGGCGGCCGCUCACCAUGGCCGCCACCUUCGACGACUGCCUGUACGCCCUGUGCGUGGUGGACACCAUCAAGAGGUCCAGCCAGACGGGCGAGUGGCAGAACAUUGCCAUCAUGACCGAGGAGCCGGAGCUGAGCCCGGCCUACCUGAUCAGCGAGGCCAUGCGGCGGAGCAGGAUGUCCCUCUACUGUUAGCCCGGACCGGGGACCUAGGGGACUUAGGCCUUCCGCAAGGGGCCCGGAGAGAGGGAAAAAUCCGGGGGAGAGAGUGGCUGCGGGCAAUGUGGGGGUGGGAGGUGCAGGGGCAGUGAGUAAACGGCACCUGGGAAAUGAACCAACCACAAACAAGACUGCGGGGCUGAGCUAACAGCCUGGGGGUAUUCACAGGGCCUGCGAUUCAUUCAGUCUUGAGAUCGGGUCUCUGCUGAGCGUUUGCAUGAGAGGGAAGAGGUUUAGCCGCCUCCACUGCCUUUUACUGUGAGAAACAAGGAGGGAUUGCUUCGCUCCUGCCCCAGCCAAGCCACGCACACCUUGACCUCCUUUGCAAGCCAAAUGGGCCUGCGAGGUCAGCGCCACUGUAUCAGAUGGCAAGCUCUGUGGUUACCAGGAGUCCCAGACGCCCCCUGCCGGCAAUAUAAGGCACUGUCUUCACAUGUCUCUCCAAGCCUGUUAGUGUGGGGUGGGGCGGGAUAGACAGAGUUAUAACUUCCAGGAAGCCACUUUUCAUUCUACUCAAGAGUAUCUUUCUGAUGGAAAAAGUACGUGGUAGCAAAGUGUACAGCUUCUUGAUUGGUUGAUCUUCCUGCCAGGAAGCACUGGGGAGUGUCUCCCUGAUUGCUUCACUGGCUGUCCCCUGGGGAGGUGGGGUGAGGUGGCGUCAGGGAUGGCUCACGGAAUGAGUCCCUUCAGCCAAAAAGAGCAGGCGCACAGGCAACAUGGAAACAGAUGAGGCAGGGAAUAAACUAUCCCUUUGAAUUUCUCAACAAUUGAAAAACUGCACAGAGCCUCCUCUGGCCAUAUUUCUAGCCGAGUGGGAUGGAAUGAAGUGUUGAGUGGUCCUGCCAUGUGGCUCUCAGGGGCAAGACUAAGAAGACAGCUCUCAGGCAGGGACCACGUGGGCUCUAGCUCAUGGGCUGUCCUUCUAGCCUGGGAGCCCCUGCGCCUGGGUGCUGCCGUGGGAAUUCUUACAGAACUAAAGUGAGCUUAGCACCGGGCUCUUGCUUGGGGCUCUAACACCCGUCUCCCUACCGUUAGGCGGGGAAGGGCUCUUAGAUUCAGCCAGCUUUGCGGAUUUCAAAGGGAAGGCUCCAGUUCUGCUCGAUCUGGUUCUCUUCCCUUAAAAAAAAUUCAAGGCUCUUCUCCCUACCUUUUUUGCUCUCAGGAUUCUGACACCUGUGAGAUUCUGAAUAAGUAUUAAACAAAACAAAAAAGGAAGAACAUAAUUUUCAGUGUUUAUAAAACAAGGAUGUUAGAACCCUUGGAGCUGCACACUUCAUCCAGGGCUAAGAAAUCUGAUGUUGGAAAAAAAAAAAAAAACCCAUCUCCUUGGUGUGUUUUCUUGUCCUUUUAUCCUUCUGCUUUAUGGAGCUUUUGUUGGAGUCGGGGAACUGCGGACUGGGAGCAGGCAGUGCCGUGAGGGCCCUAGAGUCACACACACACAUACACACCCCCGCCCCCCCACAUGCAAGUGUUUCUAAAAACUUAAACUAUCAUCAAGGGUCACUAAAAUCGUUCUUAGAAAUUCAGAUCUGGUCUUGACAGAAAGACCGAGUCAAACAUAUUUUGAAAACAAAGAAUCAUCCUUUUGUUAUCCUUUCUGUCUUAACCCUUCACCCCACACUCGACAGUUGUCUAGGUCGGACGUUGAGACUGUUACUCGGAGAACCACAUAGCUUUUCUUCCCAAGCUCUCUGAAGGCAAACAGCUGUCUUGGGCAUGCACCUGAGGUUUUGACUUCUCUCCAGACAACUGGAAGUAGAACUAGAAGGGAAUUUAAGGAGCCUGAGCGGCUAGUACUCCGAGCCUCUGAGUAGGCAAAAUCUGAAAAUGAAUAGUACAAUCAGUGGCAUCUCCAUCUGUCCCCCGCCCCCCAAGGUCAGCAUACUGUGAAGCCCAGGCUACCAGAGGGGGCAGUUGUGGGUGUGGGCAAACCCCAGGGGAAAAGAUAGUCAUUUUCUAGUGCGCAGGGCAAAGGACUGUCCUUCUGGGAAGAACCCCCUGACUUCCCAGGACCUUUACUGAAGCACAGCCACUGGGACUCUCGGUGGUCCAUUAUCAUCCCUGCUGUAUUUACACUCUUCAUGUUCAGCCUGCCAGCUUUUACAGCUACCAGCUCAAAACGGACGCUACUGUGAGUCUCCAGUAAUGCUUUGCAUAGAUGGGCAUGGCAUGCGCUGCUUGGUCCCCCUUCUCGGGAUAGGUAAUUUUGUGCAAACUGAAUGCAAAGAUUUUUUUUUUUUUUUUUU